CACCAAAAAAAAAAAAAGUAACAUCUACAACUCGGACCCUCUUUCAGAUGCUCCAUUGAUGCCGCCAUUUCAGAUGUUGCGGAGGCGCUUCCUCUGCACUCAAACCUCUACCUUCUCGUUGAACCAAACCUCCAGCAAUCGCCGUCGGCCCCAGUGGCCGAUCAAGCAGGUCACCAAGUCCAAUUUCUCAGAUUCACUCAACGAAAUCAACACCCACAUCUCCAACUCCGAUUUCAUCGCCCUUUCAUUGCACAACACCGGCUCUUACUCCUCUCCCUGGCACCGGAUUCUCCCAUUCGACACUUCUGAAAUCGCUUACUUGAAAGCUAAAUAUGCAGCCAACAAGUUUCAGAUUCUUCAGUUUGCUGUUUGCCCUUUUUCCCUUAGGGUUUCUAAUAAGCUUGAAGCUCACCCGUUUAACUUCCAUUUGUUCCAGAGGGAUGAACUGAAAAUAGGGUCACCAUGUUACAGUUUUUCAUGUCAACCGUCGUAUUUAGCUUCUAUGGCUCGUGAAGAUUUCGACUUCAAUCGCUGCAUAUACGAUGGUAUAUCAUACUUGUCCAGAGCACAAGAAGCAGCAGCGAAACAUCAAAUAGGGAAUCCAGUUUCAAGUGGUUACGUGGCGCAAUCUUCUUUGUCUCGUUCAGUUGCGGAUAAUGUAUUUGUUGAAAGAGUUAAAACCCGAGUUGGACAUUGGAUAAGUGCUUGUAAACGUUCAGACAUGAAAGCCGACGAUGCUUUAGUUAAUUCGCUUAGGAAACUUAUAUUAGGAGGUGACGAAUAUGGGUCGAGACCAUCUUUGAACAUAGACGUGUGCAGUGAACGUCAAGUGCAGCUUGUAUUUGAGAUGGUGAAGUCCCGUUAUGAAAAUGUCGUACCUUUGACAAUCCCAGCAAAAGGAGGAGGAACCCAAUCGGUUCGGGUUGUUUUGACAAGUUCAAAAGAAGACAGAGAUCUUCUAGAGAAAGAUCUUAAAAACAUGGAAGAGGAACAAAGCAAGAGUAUUCGUGGCUUUCGAGAGGUGAUCGAAUUGAUUUCCGCUUCUCAGAAACCUGUUAUUGUUCACAACUGUCUCAAUGAUUUUACGUUUAUUCAUUCCAGAUUCAUAUCUCCGCUCCCGCCUACGAAGGAUGAAUUCAGAAGCUCGUUGCAUUCAGUUUUUUGUGACAUACGAGACAUUAAUCAUCUAAUGAAGGAAGUGGGCCCUCUUAAUAAAUACACUAACCUACCUUCAGCUAUCUCCUACUUGAAAAGAAACUUCUUUGCACCUGUAGAAAUAGAUAUAACUCAUAAAGCUGGCAUGGAAGAAUGCAAGAAUCACGGGCAUAACGUUGUAAGGAUUAGCGAGUUAUUUGCUAGGUUAUGCUUUAUCCUAAAACUCACUCCAGAAGCUCAACACGACAAUCUUGACGGGCCUUUAACCAAACCGUACUCAAAUGCGUUUAAUUUGGGUUCCAACGGCUUCCAAGAGACGGACAGCAUCAACAUAUGGACUCAUAAUCCAAAGAAAAUCAGCAUCAACAAUCUGGUUUUCUUAUGGGGUUUCAGAAGCGGCAUAUCUGCUGGAAAACUGAAGAACAUGCUUUGCAAGUCUCAUGAUGUGUUGUCGGAAGAUGAUGUUUUUGAUGUCCGGUUGAUCGACAAGAAUUGUGCUAUUGUUGUCUUCUGGAAAAAUGGUCUUUCAGAAUGGUUUCUAGAUGCAAUUGGUUCCGGAGACGGGCUCCGGGAACUGGCGGCAGAAGGACUGAUGGUGGCAGGAUACGACACCUAUACGAGAGUCUGUAAAUCUGAGAUUUUAGGCACAGAUUUGGCGGCUUCGCUAUCGGAGUUUGAUAGGGCCUCGAGGGAUCAUGUUGAUGAUUCUGCAGAAGUAUACUGGAAUAGUGAGCUGAUGAUCAACUUUGAUGAUCUUUAAAGUUUUUGGUUAAGCAGUUUAAUUUAGUUUUGAGGUAGAUUCUAGUUUUGAUACAAUAUUUUUUGUUGGCAAAUUUAUUUUAGUAAUUUUUGUAUCGUUAUGGUAUAUAUGCUAUAUGCUGUAAUACUAGUGUCA